AUGGAAAUGUAGAUAUAGUAAGAAGAAUAAAAGAGUAAUGCAUAGGAUACUAUCCUCUACACUUUUAGGUUACAAGAUCAAAAAGGUGUUAAAGUAGAUGUUUGCUUAAUUAGCUCUUAAGGGUUUAAUUCAUUUGUUAGAUUCGAAUAUUAGGAUGGAAGAAGCGAAGGAAUUUAAUGGAGAGAUCUUCUUGGAGCAGUUGUAUAAAAUAAGAAAAUUGACAUAAUUUCGUUCCCUAAAAGAGUUCAAAAAAGAAUGUUUAAGAAAAUAGAAAAUAGAUUCAAAGAAGUUUUUCCUUUCAAUACAGUCAAUUAAGCAGAAAACGUAGAACAAGUAUUACCAACUGGAGAAGUUAAAUCAAUAGAUUUGUAAGAAGUAAAAUACAUCAUUUAGGAAUUCUCUUAGUAAAAAGAAACAAGCUUGUUCAUAAACAUUGUAAGUAACAAUAGAGUUCAAAAGGAAUUGCUAAUUUUUGUUAACCCUCAUAGCGGGAAAGGAUAAGCUUAAUAAGUAUUUAAUAGAGUAAAAGAUCUCUUUGAAAUUUCAGGACAUAGCUAUCAUGUAGUAGAAACCCUCUAUCGCCUCCAUUGCUUCGAUUAUUUAUAUGAAAUAUCUUCAGAAAAACUCUUCUCUUACUAUGGAAUAGUAAGCGUUAGUGGCGACGGAACUCCUCAUGAAAUUGUAAAUGCUCUUUUACUAAGGUCAGAUCGCGAGUAGUGCCUAUAAAUGCCUAUCGGAGGUAUCCAUGGAGGAAGUGGAAAUGCCCUACCAACAACAAUGUGCAAUAUUUCUGGAGAAUAUAACACUCCCGAAUGUGCUGCAUUCAUUAUAAUUAAGAAUCAAACAAAAAAGAUUGAUUUAAUUGAAUUUGAAAGAGAAAAUAUUUUUAAUAAGAGCACUCACCCUUUCCAACUUUCUAAAAGAUUAUACUCAUUCUUAAGUUUAAGCUGGACCUUUGUUUCUGAUUUAGACUUGGGAAGUGAGAGUCUCCGAUUCUUAGGAGAAACACGUUUUGAAGUUUAUGGAUUUUGGCGUUUGAUGUUCCUAAAUAAAUAUGCUGCAAACAUACUCUUCUCUAACUCUUCUGAUUUAAAUUUACCAGAAAUCAACUAACAAAUCUCUGAAUAAGAUUUGUCUAAGUAUAAAAUAGAAAAGAAUUAGCUAUUUACUUUCUUCUAUUUAAGCAAUCUUCCUUGGGUUUCAGAACAAUACCAGAGUUUCCCACUUGCAGUUGUUGACGAUGGCCUAUUUGAUUUAAUUUAUUUAACUAAUGAAUAAAGCAGAUUUUAAAUGAUUAAAACUGCCCUUGCUCUAGAUAAUGGCUCAUUUUUUGAUAAAGAAAAAUAAACUGUUGCCAAAGGAUAUGACCUCAAAUAUUAAAAAGUAAGAUCAAUUAGAAUUGAACCUAUAAAUCCAAGUAAAAGUGGUUUAUAUUCUAUAGACGGAGAAAGAUACUAAGCUGAGCCUUUACAGGGAACUGUACUUCCAAAAAUAUUAAGUGUAUUUUGUCUUUGA